GAGGCGGGAAACUCGUUUGGGCUGUAUAUAAGCAGUUAAGCAUGUAGUUUUUGUAUCAGUGUUACCCUCCAAUGACUCUCUGCCAGACCGGGCGACAGCAAGAGCGAACACAAAGCGCACAGUGACCAAAGAUCCGUGCUGGUGGGUGGUGUGGACUUGACCCGCACUGACCAGGAGGGGAAACCCCAGCCCCUGCAGCUGCCAGGCAAGGACAGAGACUCAUGCUGCCGCCGCCUCACAGAGCGCUGUCCGUCCGCUGUGGUGCUGGACCGCAAGACUCGACCCUUCAACCGGUGACGUAGAGCUGAGACUUAUUCAAGAAAAGCAAGAAAACAUUUUUACGAAUGAAUUGUUAAUUUAAAAAUUAACAAAGCUUCACAAACAUUAGGCUGUAUAUGUAUGGAUUUGAAGCAGGUGAAAAACAAAGAAGAAAACUCAGAGCAGAAGUUGCUGGACAUUCCCCCUGCCCUCGGCGUCAAUCCGGUGGUCUGAGCACAGCAGCGCGAGCCCAGCGGAGCCUACGUAGAUGCGGAGAGUGAACCGAGGCUUUCGAUCAGUGAGUGGCCGUUGACAGCUCGUUGCGCGUGGACUGGAGCGCGGCUGGCUCCCUGUCUGACCUCGCGCUUUUGGGGAACACGCGGACCUGCUUGGCGCGCAGACUGAUUCUGACAGCACCUUUGAGCGCACUGGACUUCAGCGAGGUGAAUGUUGAUGACACCAUUGAAAUGUUACCAAAAUCAAGAAGAGCUCUCACCAUUCAGGAGAUUGCUGCAUUAGCACGAUCUUCCCUACAUGGUAUUUCACAGGUAGUGAAGGAUCAUGUGACAAAGCCCACAGCCAUGGCCCAGGGCAGAGUGGCCCACUUGAUAGAGUGGAAAGGUUGGUGUAAGCCUAUGGACACUCCUGCAGCCCUGGAAUCCGACUUCAACUCUUAUUCUGACCUCACUGAGGGAGAGCAGGAGGCACGCUUUGCUGCAGGUGUGGCCGAGCAGUUUGCCAUAGCGGAGGCUAAGCUGCGGGCCUGGUCCUCUGUGGACGGCGACGAAUCUAACGAUGACUCAUAUGACGAGGACUUUCUGCCAUCCAACGAGCCCACCACACAGAGCACAGAUGUGUUAUCAUAUCCGCCCUAUUUGAAGGACCUGAUCCACAGCCAGCUUUGCCAACACCUGGGCCUGCGAGGGCCCUGUUGCGAGGGUGGAGGAGGCGGAGAAGGAGGUGGCAGCGGAGCGCCCUCCCCCACGGUAGGCUCCCCGGACACCUUGUGCUCCAGCCUCUGCAGCCUGGACGAGCACCACCCCCUUCUGCGUGACCUGGGCGGCCACCGUGGCACCCACUCCUACAGCAAUGCUGCCGAGCUCGCGGCCAAGAUCCUGUCAGCGCUGCAGGGAGGGGAGGAGCUGCUGCUGGCCCGACUUCAGAGGGCAGGGCAAAACGGGCGCGGUGGGGGGGACAGCGGCUUCCAUAGCCUUGGUGGGGGAGGGCGGGGCAUCAGGCCCUGCGGGGGUCAGGACUCUCCUUGCUACUCCAGAUCUUACUCUGAGACGUACCUGUCACCCGGCGAGGACGACGACACCCCCUGCAAGGACUAUGAGAGCACUGUGUGCCAGGCAGACGGCAGCGGUGUGGAGUACCCACCUGACUACAACCCACACAGGAGGGUCUCUGAUGUGGCCUCCUCAGGGGUUGUGUCUCUCGACGAGGAGGAUGAAGAGGAGGAAGAGAGGGCAGGAGAGCCAAACAACCAAUGACUUCUCUCAUCUCACCUCAGUGUUUAAUCUCUCCAAGCUCUUUGGAAGGUUUUCUUUUUUGCAACAACUUCCCCUCUCCUCCAUGGCGUCUGAAAAGUUUGUACUGCUGUGCAUGCUGGUUUUUUCCCCUCUAUGACUGAAGCAUUAAUCAUCCGUCUUUGCCUUACUUGCAGCAUCUCAAAUCCUCCUUACCACCUCGUGACUGCUUUAUCCCCAUUCGAUGUAUUAACUUUUAUUUUUCUUUCAAGGCGUCCAAACAAUCAUUUUUAUCAUUGUUAAACAGGAGUGCUGGAUGUGAAGUGAUGUACUCGUGGAAGUGACGCACGCAGUUUCCGGCUCUGGCCCUACCUGCGUAGUGACUGUAAAAAUGGACGCCACCAACAAACAGACAGACUGACAUGACUGAGUUCAAAUCUCUGACUUAUCUUUGCAUGUGUUUGGCAAGUGCUGAAAUCGAUGGGCUGACUUGGCCCUGAGCACGGUUUGCAAUCUCAGCUGUUCUGUAUAACCCCCGCCCACCUUCCCAGCAUCUCCGAUGGGAGGGAGGCUUGGCACCGAUCCUGGGACCUGCCCUUACCUCUCUGCCCCCCAUUCCCUCUCCCCUCCUUUGCAAGACACAAAAUAGCAUCCUUUUGGGCAUGGCUUGCUGAGUAUGCCAAACUAUUUAACCCUGUCACUACCAAUUAUGAGCAUAUGCUGGAAUGUCUUCAAAGUGACAGGAGAUAGUAUGUAUUUUAAAAUUACAAAGUUUAAAAAAGAAAAAGAGAAAUUAUAUGCUUUUAUUGUACUAGUUUUCUAUCACUCAAACAUGUUGUUGUUCAUAGUAUCCAAACAUCAUUAUGAUGGACAUCUGCUAUAAUGGUCAACUAUAGCUACUGGAUAUUUUUGUGGUCCUGUGGAUUCCUGCAUGGGUCUUCCAUGCAGGAAUCCACACAAGCUCCUUUAGAGAACUUUGGUCUUAAAAAAUUCACAGCAGCAGCGACAACAACACAUGCUGACAGAAUGUUUCUGAAGUGACCCUUUGGCGAUAGUUGGGCAGAAAAUGGCAAAGGUGGAAAAGAGUUUUUUUCUGUGAAGAGAUGAGUUGCAUCGGAGAUUUUCUAUAUUUUUGUAUGCGUUGUCUUGCUUUGAUCUCUUUGCCUAUAUGGCGUGCCAGUGUAUGUGUUUUUUUGCACGAAGCUAAUGUGGCUGUAGAAACAAUACAAAUAUAAAAAAAAGUUUUUUAUUUUAUUAUUGUAAAAGAGGAUACUGUGAUAUGUUUGUUUUGGCAUCUUUCAUGAUCCUCAAAAAGCCGGUUGUUUUCUUUUCAAAAAUGUUUAACUGCCCUUCUUUCUUUCCUCUAAUACUGAUUCCUGCAAAGCUUUGCCUUUUAUUCAAUACUUUCCCUUCUUAUUGUUGUAUUAGUUGCAACAUGGCAUGUUUAUGUGCGCAUGCAGAAACUUUUAUCUCCAUGGUGAUAUGAGGAGCUCUGUUGAGGUUCUCCCAGAGGGACUGGCAUUCACACAACUCAGGAAAUCUCAUUGGACCGGAGCAUCAAUGCAUCCUACCCACACGCACAGCGCUACUUCUCUCUCUUAUCCCCAGUGUGUGUGCUUGUGUGUGCAUUUGUGUGUGUUUGUGUAGAGAAAGCCAGGUGUGCAUAGUUAUUUUCUACAAAUAAUUAAAGCACAGAUUCAGUCCCACAUUCUUUAAUGUUGUUUGACUGUUUAGAAAAGCCUCAACGUGUGAGUCUGUAUGUUUGACGUUUUGUGAAAAUGUGUGUGUGUCUGUGUGUGUGUGUGUGUUUGGGUGUGUGUGUGUGUGGGUAUGUGUGUGUAUGUGUGAUUGUGUGUGUGGCAGUAUUGUAAGAUCUCAGUAAGCUCCUUAAACAUGCAUUGUAUAUCCAUUCCUAAACCCCUCCAAUGUAGCAAUUCCCUUUAAAACAGUGUUUGAGUAGCUGAGCUCUUGUUGGAGGUUGAAUUUUUACUGAUGCUGGAGAU